AUGGGACGAAUCCAGCGAUCGGAGCAUGUCUUUCCCUAUGGGUGGGACGUUGUGACCGCCGCCUUCUGGCGCAAGUACCCCCAUCCAAUGCUCCCUCACGUGGAGAAGAUGGACGUGAUCUCGCGCUUCAUUGACGAACAAGGAUGCCUCCACACCGCGCGCUUGGGAGUGUGCAGUCCCAUCAACGUCCCGUCGUGGGUCACGUAUAUCCUUGGCACGCACUAUUCGCAUGUGUACGAGGAGUCCGUGUGCAAUCCGGUAUCGAAGACGCUCCAACUCCGUUCGACCAAUCUGUCCUACCGAUCCAUUGCCGUCGUGGAUGAAAUCUGCACUUAUGCUGCUGCGGAGUCCAUCUUGGGCCCUUCCCAACCUUCCACCCUGUACACCCAGGUGUCUCGUGUGAAUGCGCUUCUGCCCUUCUUUUCACAAUCGUUCGAAGAGUAUUGGGUCGAACGCGGCACGGCCACGGCGCGCCAGGGAGUUUUGGCGAUGGACGAGCUGUGCUCUGGGAAGAGUUCAUGUUAA